AUGGACGACUAUGCCGAAGAUCGGUUUCGCGAACGAAUGAUGUUGAUAGAGAACGAGCUACUAUCAGUCAAGGACGGAAGAGCUGCAGGUGAUCCGGAGUCUCUCAGAGCGCUCUCAGAUGCAACCAGAAGGUGUUUUGACGAUGAAAAGGUCCGAAUAUCUUUUAUCGCCACCCAAGUCAUCAAUAUUGAUAUGAAAGUGGAGAAAGCCAUUCUAGAUGCGCUACAGAUAUACAAGAGAAUCGUCACCCGGGCAACGCUUUCCAAUCACGGCGCUGAUUUCAUACCGGUUUUAUCCCCUACUAAAGGUACCCUGGCAGCUGAAGUCUGCACCGCGGUCGUCGCCUCUUUCGGCCUUCCUACAAUCAAUGCAUCAACGGUAGAACACAUCAUCAGCUUCAAGCUUUGGAAAGCUCCCGUCUCAAGUACUCUGGCUGUUGCCGACGCAGUCUCGAAAGCUUUCCUUACUACUCUUUCUAUAUUCGAUCCUUGUUCAGCACCAGCCAUCGUCAUUGACACCGUCCAAGCAAACACAAAGCUCUUCUUAGCUCUUGUGUGCGACGUGAUCCUCAUUCUUGUCAAGGCGUUCAAAGGACAGCGCUGA